AUGGUCCGUAAACUUAAAUAUCAUGAGCAGAAAUUGCUCAAGAAGUGGAAAAAUGAGGAUAAUAUUCGAGAAAUCCAAGUUAUUCGUCGUUAUCACUUGCAAAAACGAGAAGACUAUCACAAAUAUAAUAAACUAUGUGGAUCAAUAAAAAAGCUUGCGAAUAAAAUUUCUUUAUUAGAUCCACGAGAUCCUUUUAGAAAUAAACAAGAAACUACAUUAUUGGAUAAGCUGUAUUCUAUGGGCUUAAUUACGGCUAAAAAACAGUUUAGUCAAGUUGACAAAAUUACCGUCUCUGCCUUUUGUAG